AUGUCAAAGGGAACCUCGCGCAGCUCAAUGACACUUGUGAACCCUGACAGCUUUCCAGUUCGGUCUCCCAGUCCACCUCAUGCCGAGGUUCCAAACGACGUCCCCUUUGGACUGUCGGGUGAAGAUAAGGCUGUUGUAGCUCGAGCCCCCGGUGCCACCGACAAGACCUAUCCAGAAGAUGCUGUCGCCGCCUCACACCUCAUCAAUCGUUCCGAAAAAAAAGAGACCGAUCUGGGACCACAUGCUGUCCACACCUUUGUGAAAGUAUGCCCGCACGAGAACUUAUCUUUCGAACGUCUACAAACCAUCUUGAAACUUCCGGGUUUCAAGUCCAGCAAGGAAGCCAUAAACGCCAUUGGAGCCAUGGAUGAAAUACAGCAACACACUAAAUCCGGCCCGAGGGUUUGCUUUCCCAUCGAUGGCUUUCCCCACCGCCCUACAGGCAUCUUCAAACUAAAGUACAAUUCUAAACAUAAACGUGGAUGGACGGGCCCUGUCAUCGGUUUAGAGUUGCACGCUACCUGGAUGCUCGACUCAUACAAACCUAGCACGACUCGGAAUGAUAUCCAAGCUUCUUUACAGAAACUCGAGAACGUCCCGCUCUGCCCUCACAGAACGAUGAAUGAUCCGUGGAUUCUCGAAAUGAUUUACAAGAUAGCACAUCCACAUGAGGAACCAUCAGAUCCCAUUGACGAAUGGGGGAAGCCGCCAAGCAGCAUAUCGGACUUCGCUGAACGCAGUCAAGACUGCGAUCGUUGCAAGACCCCUGACACAGUGUGCAAAGGUGGUCUUGGCGGUCCUCAGGUCAAGGUAACUCUUCGCUUGGGGCCAGGGUUCUCGGAGAAUGACCCAGAUUGGCUCGCUCAGUGUGGCGUGUAG